AACGAUCCCAAGAAGCAAUUAAAAGAAGCAACAAAAGUAAAAUUCAUCAGGAGUAUACAAAACAAAACAAAUACUAUGUUGAUUUGUCUCUUGUUUUCUUAAAGAAUCAUACAACUAACUUUAACUCUCAUCAGAUUCAACUCAUAAUAUGAAUCUCUUCUUCUUCGUCUUUCUCUUUUCUCUUCUUUUUUCUUCUCUGUUUAAUCUCUCUUUUGCAAGAGGUGGCUUUCGCAGCUCCAUAAAUGUUUCAGGUGUUGUGAAUGGUAGCUUUGCAGCUUCAGCUAGACAUUUGUUUGCAGAUAUCAAUGUUCCUUUCUCUGAAGAACAGCACUUGAAAAGACUUGAAGAAUUGGCAAAAGAUUAUAUGUCAAAUUCUGAGCUUGAGAAUGCCAUCAUGUCAUUGAAUCGUAGGUGCAGUAAGAUAUCCAGAGUGUACAGCAUUGGAAAGAGUGUCCUGGGAGUUCCAUUGUGGGUGAUGGAAAUUUCUGACAAACCAGGCAAGGAAGAGGCUGAGCCUUCUUUUAAGUACAUUGGCAAUGUGCAUGGGGAUGAACCUGUAGGCCGUGAGCUUCUAAUUCUUCUGGCCAAUUGGCUUUGCGAUAAUUAUAUGAAGGAUCCCUUGGCUACCCUGAUUGUAGACAAUGUUCAUCUUCACAUACUCCCUUCAAUGAAUCCAGACGGGUUUUCAUUGAGGAGGCGUGGAAAUGCAAACAAUGUUGAUUUGAACCGAGACUUUCCUGACCAGUUCUUUCCCAUGAAUGAUGAUCCUGGUGCACAUCAACCUGAAACAAAAGCCAUUAUGCGUUGGUUGGAGGAGAUGCACUUCACAGCAUCUGCUAGUCUGCACGGGGGAGCACUUGUAGCAAAUUAUCCAUGGGAUGGAACUGAGAACAAAAAAAAAUAUUAUUAUGGCUGUCCAGAUGAUGAAACAUUCAGACAGAUGGCUAGCAUUUACAGUCAUUCCCACCAUAACAUGUCUCUAAGCAAGGAGUUUCCAGGAGGAAUUACAAAUGGUGCAUAUUGGUAUCCAAUCUAUGGAGGCAUGCAAGACUGGAAUUACUUACAUGGCGGUUGUUUUGAACUGACUCUAGAGAUCAGUGAUGACAAAUGGCCUAAUGCAAGUGAGCUUCCUACUCUUUUUGAGUACAACAAAAUGAGUAUGCUAAAUCUUGUUGCAAGCCUUAUGAAGACAGGAAUACACGGAAGGAUUUUCUCAUCUGAUGAGGGGAGGCCUUUACCUGCCUCAAUAGCAAUAAAAGGAAUAAAUUCCACGAUACAUGCAAGGGAAACAUUAGCUGAUUACCACCGCUUGCUGGUGCCUGGGGGGAAAUAUGAAGUGGUAGCAACAAUGCCAGGAUACAAAUCAAGGAGUACAAAAAUUAUGUUGGGGGAAGAAGCAAUGACACUGGAUUUUGUUAUGGAUCCAGUAAUCACUCCCACAAAUAGUUUCUUGCAAAGGGGAUGGAGUUGCAGUUUGCCAGGUCCUCAUUUAGAAGUUUUUUUAAUUUUGGUUUUGGUAUUAGUUUCAAUAUUCCUCUGCUUUUUAUUGAAGAGGAGAGUAGUAUUAAACUAUCCAAAACAGAGACAAACAAAAAGGUCUGUUGUUGGGGUAUGAAGUUAGCACACACGUUUUCGGGAUAUAAUAUUUGUAAGACUGAAAAAUAUAUACUCGUGAUACUAAUAGUGAAAAAAAUCAUCAUAUUUCCUUCA